AUGGCCGCCAUAGCCUUCAAUGACAGCUCAGACCCACCUCCCUCGUAUGAUGUGUCCGUGUCAAAAGAUUCCAUCCGCUUCUGCUCUAUCUCUCAUCCGAUUAUCUCUUCUCCUGGUUUCGCUGUUUCCUCUGUCGCCCCAAUUAUCAAAUCCUGUGCUGCUGCUCUCCCAGCAGCAGAGUUCUCAAAGCUGCUCCAAAAACGCAAUAUAGAGAACCACACGGCGCUGUAUUGGGCGAUUGUAAACAACCAGCGAGAAGCCCUUCUGGAGUUUGUUAAAUUCAUUCCCAAAUUCUCACCUGCUUGUUCUGCCGACUUGCGUCUUGCAUGUAUGGCAGUGAACGACCAUGAUUCAUAUAUGCUACUGCAUUUGGGAGACAAUGAUGUUAAUUCCAAGGAUAGGUCUUUGAGACACAUGUUGGGUUGUCCGCAAGAUGUCGUUCAAGUCCAUGAAGGGGAUACUACCUUGAGUGUGGACAGUCACGAAAAUAACUUCUUUGUCCAUUUUGUCUUCAGGAUGUUCCAGAAGCGUCUCCGUAUUGCACGGAAAUUGGAAGUAGAAUUUGUUGCCCAGGGACGUAUAUGGGUGUUACGCUUUGAUAUGGAUAUCUCGGGAGGGAAUUGGCUUGUUGAGUUUGGUAUUUCUCGAGAUAGCUCGCAAGUGCGCCCAAAUGCUGUACUUGAGAUUCAGGCCAACAGACUGUUACCUGGCUCGGAUACCAUGCAACCUCUACGCCUCGAUAUGUGUACAUCACACGUUCUUGCACCUGGGGAAGUAUAUCGAUGGGACCUAGAUCGGUUUGACACCAGACGCACAGUUCUCUGGCAAUUGAGUGAUUGGCCAAUGUACGAUAAUACUGCUUAUGUGGACUGCAAUGGCACCCUAACUGCAGAGCUUAUGAUGACAAUAAAGCCACGCUACCCUUACCAGUGAGGCUGAUGCUGAUAGUACUAGGAAGUCAAUACACAUGGCGCGCACAUAUUCAUUACAUAACGCUA